GUGAUGGACUCAGGGUUCGAGGAUCCGAAGUCCACCUCAUCAUAAACCUUGAGCAAGACACUCGUUACCACUCAUCGAACAGUUCUGAGACUACCCAUCUACUGCGCGGCGCUUUGAUUGGUGCCGUGCGCACCCAGCGGCGCGGGUGUCAUGGCUUUCUUAUUCGGUCGUAAUCGACAGCGCUCCGUUCAAGACAUGGUCAGGUCCACCAAGGAACUUCUGCAGAAACUUGAAAAGGAAGAGGGUCCAACAACGAAGACCGAGGAAGAGCUUGCCCGAACGCUUUCACAGAUCAAAAUUACGUUGCAAGGUACACCCGAAGUCGAAUCGAGCCCCGAACAAGUCGUACAACUUGUUUCCGCAGUUCUUAGCGAUACACUUUUACCGCCCCUCGUCGACUGCAUACACAAAUUGCCUUUCGAGGCGCGCAAGGACACGCAGACAAUCAUAUCGAACAUCUUCAGAUUUCGAAAUCCCGGAAGCACCUCAAACGAACCAGAUGCUUUAAGAGAUGUACUCCGGAGACAACCCGAGCUCAUCGUGGCUUUGUGCAACGGCUAUGAGAGGAGAGAGAGUGCUAGUGCGUGCGGUGGAAUAUUGAAAGAGGCGCUGAAAUGGGAUGCUGUCGCUGCCGUCAUUCUAUACGACGAGCCCUCGUCGACUGGCCGCACAAUCGACAUCUACAAAGAUGUUGAUGUCACGAAGCAAGCCUCCGGAGAUGGAGUCUUUUGGAAAUUUUUUACAUGGAUCGAUAAGUCGAGCUUUGAGGUCAGCGCAGAUGCGUUCGACUGUUUUCGGCUCAUUUUGACCAAGCACAAACAACUCGUGGCGCAGUAUCUCGCCACUAACUUCGACAUGUUCUUCCAAAAGUACAACGAUAUCCUCAUCAAGUCCGACAGCUAUGUCACAAAACGUCAAUCGAUCAAGCUCUUGGGUGAGAUCUUGCUGGACAGACAAUUUUAUGAGGUGAUGUGCCGAUAUGUCGAGUCCGGGGACAACUUGAAACUUAUCAUGUGGCAACUCAAAGACGAUCGGCGCAUGGUCCAAUAUGAGGCCUUCCAUGUUUUCAAGAUAUUUGCAGCCAAUCCCAAUAAAUCUCCAGAAGUCCAGAAAUUUUUGAUCAUGAAUAAACAGAGGCUCUUAAAAUUUCUUCCUCGAUUUCUGGAGGAUCGCACCGAUGACGAUCAAUUCAACGAUGAAAAGGCCUGGCUCGUCAAGGCAAUAGGCAAUCUGCCCGACACCACAACCAGCAGUAGAUUACCAAGCAGUGCAGACAGCACGGCCCAACAACAAACUCAAAUAGGAUUGUGAGGACCCAUAUCUUCUAAAAGUUCGGCAGCCGUAUAUUCGGUCGUCACAGCGCAAGGAGUUGAAGAGAACAUCUCCACGUGCAUGCUCAUCGAGGUGCUGCCGUUACAGCUCUUUUGAUCAACGGGACAGACGCAUAACAUGAUGUAUAAAUGAUAUUCGUGAUCGGGCCAAGGCGUUCAAUGUUUAUUAUCGAUAGACAUCACAUGUGCGUAAUUCAAGUUGCGCAACUUAACGUAUCAUGAUAGACGUAUAACGUAAUCCAUCAGCGAGCCGGCCACACCACCGAACCCGCC